UUCAACCAGCGUCUCAAUGCAGAGGCUGGAAGCGCAUCACUAAUGGCAACCAACACGGGAGAUUGCGGUAACGAGACGAGCACAGCGCGUUCGUCUGUGUGUGCACCCUUUUAUCGACUUUAGCAACGAAGCAUUGUGAAUCUUUUUGGGGAAUUAUUGGGAAGCAUCUCUUGACUUCGUCGGGCAGAUUCAGAGACGAUGUCGCGAUUGGGGAUUUCCUUCUUGUGCCUCUGUGGAACGAUGUACAUCGUAUAUGCCAGCAACCCAAACGAAGACGCCGAUUAUAAGGCUCGGCGGGAUGGAAGCGGGUAUCUUGGUAAAGAAAAUACAGUCCCUUUACGGUUAAUUUACCGUAUGGACAACUACAGUCAAACCACACACGACGUACUCAACACAAGGAUCAGAGCGAGCUUCGACUCCAAACAGAGUAACCAUGUGGCUCAAGCCAGCUUCCAGGUGGACGGCUUUGGACAAACAUUCAUCCUGGACGUCGAGCUCAAUCACAAUCUUCUUUCUUCGAAGUAUGUGGAGAAGCAUGUCUACAAGGAGGGCAAAUCCAUCAUCUCCAAAGGGGGAGAGCACUGUUACUAUCAGGGAAAAGUUCGGGACAUCCCAGAAUCCUUCGUUGCCCUCUCCACGUGUCAUGGACUUCAUGGCAUGUUCUUUGAUGGGAAUCACACAUAUAUGAUUGAGCCUGGAGGAGACGCCACUCUUGAUGCGGGUGAAACCCAGAUCCACUUGAUCUAUAAAUCCCCUGGCCUGGAGGCUCCUGAGGGCUUUCUAUCACCCAGUGUUCUUGUGGAGUCUCCCUUUCAAACGCCGCCUGUAUAUCCAGGGUCAAAGUUCGCACUCCGGAGAAGCAAAAGACAAGUAUCCAGAACUUCACACAGUGUGGAGGAAGAGACCAAAUACAUUGAGCUGAUGGUUAUAAACGAUCACCUCAUGUACAAGAAACACCGUCUGUCAGUGGGCCACACAAAUAACUAUGCCAAAUCGGUCAUCAAUAUGGCAGACCUGGUCUUCAAAGAGCAGCUCAACACUCGCAUUGUACUGGUUGCCAUGGAGACGUGGGCAGCCGACAACCACUUCAACAUCGACGACGACCCUAUGGUGACACUCAAGGAGUUUAUGAAGUACAGGAGGGACUUCAUCAAGACCAAGGCCGACUCCGUGCACCUGUUUUCGGGCAACCGCUUCCACAGCAGCUGGGGAGGGGCAUCCUACAUGGGUGGAGUUUGCUCGCUGACAAAAGGGGGAGGAGUUAACGAGUAUGGCAAAGCGGAAGAGAUGGCCAUCACCUUGGCCCAGUCCCUGGGGCAGAACAUCGGCAUUUUCUCUGACAAGAAGAGAAUUCUCAACGGGGAGUGUAAGUGUGAUGAUAAAUGGUCUGGAUGCAUCAUGGAUGAUGUUGGUUUCUACCUGCCCAAGCGCUUCUCGGACUGUAAUGUGGAGGAGUACCACAACUUCCUCAACAGCGGCGGAGGAGCCUGCCUCUUCAACAAACCCGACAAGUUAUUGGACCCUCCAGAGUGUGGAAAUGGAUUCGUUGAGGAUGGGGAGGAGUGUGACUGCGGCACCCCAGCGGAGUGUCAGCUGGAGGGGGAGGCCUGCUGUAAACAGUGCACCUUCACACAAGGUUCCAAGUGCAGCAAUGGACAGUGCUGCAAGACCUGCCAGAUGGAAUAUAUGGGGGUGGUGUGUCGAGAGGCAGUAAACGACUGUGACAUUCCCGAGAACUGCACUGGCAACUCCAGCCAGUGCCCACCGAAUGUCCACAAGAUGGAUGGGUACACAUGCGAGAAAGACCAGGGCCGGUGUUUCAACGGGAGAUGCAAGACUAAAGACAGACAGUGCAAAUACAUCUGGGGAGAGAAGGCCACUGCAGCUGACAAGUUCUGUUAUGAGAAGCUGAACAUCGAGGGGACAGAGAAAGGGAAUUGUGGGAAGGAUAAGGACACGUGGAUCCAGUGCAAAAAGCAGGACGUCCACUGUGGCUAUCUGCUGUGCUCCAACAUCUCUCCCGCCCCCAGACUGGGGGAGCUACAGGGAGGCCUGACCUCCUUCAGUGUGGCCCAGCACAGCGCCUCUCUGGACUGCAGUGGUGGCCACGUGAUGAUCGACGGUGACAUGGACCUGGGCUACGUGGAGGACGGCACAGCCUGCAGUGCUGACAGCAUCUGCUUCAACCACAAGUGCCUGCCUGUGCAGGAGUUCAACUUCAGCACCUGCCCCGGAACCACCGACAAGGUCAUCUGCUCAGGACACGGGGUGUGCAGUAAUGAGCUGCGCUGUGUGUGUAGCCUGGGAUGGGCAGGAGACGACUGCAACAACAGCUCUCCCCUCAGCGCCCUCAUCGCACGUGUCACGCCCUCACCUGCUUUGGUGAACACCAACAUCAUCGUGGGCUCCAUCACUGGCUCCAUCCUUCUACUGGGGCUCAUCGUCGCCAUAGUAGCCUGGGGAUACAAGAACUACAGACAACGCAAAUAUGCAGAGUCAGAGGUGCACAGAAGAUUCUGCCGGCCAAUCCCGGCGGGCGACUACGUGAAGAAGCCGGGCGACGCGGACUCCUUCUACAGCGACAUGCCGCAGGGCGUGAGCUCCAACUCGGCCAGCAGCUCCAAGAAGAGGUCAAACGGUCUGUCUCACUCAUGGAGCGAAAGAAUCCCAGAUGCCAAACACUCCGACAUCUGUGAGAACGGACGACCCAGGAGCAACUCAUGGCAAGGAAACAUAAGCGGAAGCCGUAAAAAGAUGAAAGGCAAGAGGUUCCGCCCGCGGUCCAACUCCACAGAGACUCUGUCCCCAGCAAAGUCACCCACCUCGUCCACAGGGUCCAUCGCGUCUAGCCGUCGCUAUCCCUACCCUCUGCCCCCACUGCCCGACGAGGAGAGGAAAGCGAACAGACAGAGUGCCCGGCUCUGGGAGACAUCGAUAUAAGAAGAUCCUACAAUUCCGUCGCUUUUAUACACAUGAGGAGUUAAAACAGGACCAGAAUUUAAACAGUGAUAAAACAAAACAAGGAUGGAAGACUGAAGAUGAGGAUUUUUGGAGGGAAAAAAGGUGCAUUGGGGGGGAAAAAAAGUCCUCCAGAACUCUAGGGGGCACUGUGGCAAGAGCAGCCCUGAUCCCACAUUCAGCUACACACUGCUAUAAUCCAUCGCCAACGUGCAAUGACACACCAACCCACUCACAACUAAUGCGGGCCGCCACCUCCACGGCAACCAUUAAAUUCCCCCUUCAGAGUGGACUGGAGUGAGUGGGCGGAGCUUUGGUCCCUCUAAGAAUCCCAACCAAUAGCCCUUUCCAAUAUUGACACGCCCCGCCCCUUUCAAUACACAAACUCUUUUCUGAUUGGUCACCUGACUGCCUGAACAAUGUAAGACAGGGCAGGGAUAGGCUAAAGUUAUUACGGGGCGGGUAAGGGUAGGGAAGCACGCAUUCACUGUAGAAAUAAUAAUUAAAAAAAAAAAAAAAACACUGUAUGCAUGAAAAAAAAAAUCAGCUUAAAUCAUUCCUAGUGUUAUAAUGAAGUGUUAAAAUGAAGAAGAGGACAAAAAAGAUAUUUUUGUUUUCUUUUUUCUUUUCUUUUUCGUGAAAGCAUACAUUGUAGGGGGCUGCAUGUGACUGAGGGUUGACCUGUCUGCCAGUCUGUAUAAAUCCACUUCUUUGUUCAUCCAUCCACCCACAGCCACCCCCUGAGAAGCACAGGCCCAACACCACCUCUUGCUGUUCCUCUCCCCCCCUCUCUCUCUUCUCCAUGCCUUUUGUACAUAUGUACAGGUCCAAGUUCAAAGACACCAAAUGACCGGUGUUCUUUUGCUCGGUUUCGUUUUUUUAAUGACGAUUUUUUUUUUCUGAAAGGAGGAAGAGAUGUUUUUUUUUUGUUUUUUAUCUUCCUCCUUGCCGUCUCAUAGUAUGUGUUUAGGAGUACAGUACGUACGGAAAGAGAUAUCUUUUGUUUGUUAGACUUUUCUCCCCUUUACUUCUGUGUGUUUCUGUAAGAAUGUGUGUGUGAAGUGUGUGACUGAGUAUAUGUAGAGUGACUGUGUGUAGAUUUGUCCUCUGCAGAAUGUAACACCCCCCCCCCCACACCCCACCCUUUACUUUCAAACUAGUAAUGUUUCACAGGCCAACCUCAGUGUUGCUCUGACUGAUGUAGACAGUGUCACAUGUACCUGCAACCCUUUGAUAUGAUAUGAGCAUGGGUAUGUUCAAUAAGAUCUGUGUAUUGGUGGUCAUCGAAAACAGUCACAGUUGCUGUGAUAUCAUCGUCCAAAACUGCUGUGUCCUACAUUUCAGUAGCGGUCCCAAGAUAGUGGACGUUGUGUGAUCUAAGUGUAGGUACUAUAGUGUAGUGGAUCAUUGGUUGCGCUGCUGAGAAUGUAUCCAUUUUGCUGUUCGGUGACUGAUCUCAAUGAUGGUGGAAGAAUAUGUUUGACAGCACACAUGGAGAAGUUAGUCAGUCUCGAUUAAACAUUGUUAGAUGAGGUGAGAGGUUUGUCGAAAGCAUCAUUUGAGAAAUUGUAGUGUGAUGCUCGCAUCAACUGGAACGGCUUUAAAAAGAAAACAAAAUGUGAUAUGGUUGAAUAACUGGAUGUCUUGUCUUUUUAAGAUAUUUUUUCAUAUUUUCUCUGCUGGAUUCAUUCAUGCUUUUUCGAUAGCAUUGAUUGUGUUUAUAAUGCAUUCUGAUUUGAGUUGAAUGUUUCAAAUACAAACUUGCCUUUUUAAGCAAAUGCUUACAUCAGAAGUUAAUUUACGUAGCUGUCAGUCAGAUAGCGUAUCUUAUUUAGGAUAAGAAAGCUAACAUCUCCCUCCGUCAUAAGACUUCAACUAUCUAAAACUAUUCAGAGGGUUUGUAUGUCUGUGUGUACGCGUGCGUCUUUGAGCUAUUCACCCGAGGCUUGACAGACACUGCGAUCAGUCAUUUUAAUGUGGUGGUCCUCAUGUGUACAUAUGCCAUGUUCACCCAAAUUCUUGUGUACUCAGAAGGCUUUUAUUUUAAAAUGUGAGCCUGCUGUUCUUUGUGUACCAAGGAGGCUUUUAUUUUGAAAUGUGGGCACUGAUUUCCUUUACCACUGUAUGCACUAUGACUGUACUUAAUAUCACUGCAACAUUGAAAUGACGUUGCCAUGACAAGUAAUAAUAACUAAGUAUUUUUAAGGUACCUUUUUAAUGUCCUCCCCAUCCCAGUAUUAUGUAUAUAUGUAAUCCCGACAAAAUUAAGUGCAUUAUGUAUUAUUCCUGUAGGUUCUUUUUCUGUUAAAGAUUGAGUUCAACUAAGAUGCCGUCAUUCCUUUCUUUUUGUGAACACAUGCCUCUGUGACUGACCCGUUGGACUAUUUUAGCGUGCAGACAUGCACAUAGACUUAGCCUCAACAUGAUGAGGAAUCAAGGCACCCCACCAUCUGCAUAGGGACUCAUGCUGAAGAGAUUUGUGCAACCUGCGUGCUCAGAUCUCUCUAUCUCUCGCUCUCUCUCUCUCUUCUACAGCUUUUACACAAAGGCAGAGCAGAGAGACGGUCAAGCUUUUAUUAAAAAAAAAUAAUAAUAAUAAUAAUACUGCAGACGGUGCAUCUCAAGCAAUACUCUGUCUCUGUCCAUUCCUCCCCACAUAUCGCCAGUGCAUCACUCACCCUCACACACACACACACACACACACACACAUAUCAAUUCACUAGGAGGAUGAGGCAAGUGUGUUCACCAUCCACCAUUUCCAAAUAGGUCCUUGGAUUGUGUUUAUGUUCCACAAGGUAGUGUAGGCUACAGUGUGUGUGUGUGUGUCUGUGUGUGCUCUAAGGCGGGUUUGGAGUUGUAUUGUGCUGUGCAGACUCAUAACCUUCCCUUGAUCUGUGAGCAUCCUGCACCCAGCUGGCCUCUCAGACGCCCAGGUGUCUGUGAGACUCUGACCAUCAGCCCGUUACCAACCAGUCGGCAAAAAGAAAACACACGCUCAGGUGUGUCUCGCGAUCAGGCAUCGUUGAUCAACUACACGCCUGUUAAGUGAUAAGACAGAGAGACUGUAGGUGCUUCUCAACAUGCCUCCUCGAUCCUCGAUGCUCGAUCCUCGAGGGGCGUUCCAACUGAUCUAUAACUGACUGGAUAGACUAUCCCAUUGUUCUCGGCCCAUCAUUCUUUAUGUAGAUCAGUGAGGAUCGAGGCCCGAGGAGCGAGGGAGGACGUAUAAAAGCCCAAAUGAGAGGCACCCACUCAUUCACGGUGGUUGCUUGACUAUGUUUUCAGGGAGCGCUCUCGUUGUCAGCAACCCUAUCCACGCUCCUCUUGGUUUAUGGGAUGUCUCACCCCCCCAGACUUACAUGAAUGUAUUGAAGCAACUGAGCAGUGCAGCAGCGCAGGAACUACCCACAGCUCCAGACUUUUCCAUCCUGACGCUCCAUACAUCAUGUGAUCCAUCGGAUCCCCACCUGUUUCCCCCAUUACCUAGUCCCAUCCAGUGCAUUCUUAGUGCUGUGCAACAUCGCAGAUCUAAGUACAAGAUGUUUAUAUAACAGCAUUUCCUCCUGUCGUAUGCUGUACAUAGACUGACUAUUUAAAAAAAAGGUCAAUGCCCAUAUUUUCUUUUCUUACAAUAUCAUUCAGUAUUGUAAUAUAUUUAAUAUAAAAUAAACUUUCAUUGAAGUGAA